AUGCUUCUUCUUGGUCGACUUUGGGGUACCGCUGCUCUUGUGGCGUUGACAGUUGCUGCUCCUUCUCGUCCUGUUCCUCGAGAUGUGUCGACUGAUUUGCUUGGUCAAUUAACCCUGUUCUCUCAGUGGGCUGGGGCGUCAUACUGCACGAACAAUAACAACUCGACUGGCGAUGCGCUAUCUUGCGCAGAAGGCAACUGUCCCUUAGUGGAGGCUGCUGACACAAUUACUCUAUACGAGUUUGAUGAGUCCUGCAGCUAUGGUGAUGUUGCCGGCUUCCUUGCGGUCGACAAAACAAAUAAGCUACUCGUCGUCUCAUUCCGAGGUAGUCGCACACUGACUACUUGGAUUGCGAACAUCAACUUCGGCUUUACCGAUGCCAGUGGCAUAUGCAGCGAUUGUGAAGUCCACCGCGGGUUCUGGGAGGCCUGGGAGACUGUCGCAGACGAUCUAACAUCUAAGAUCAAGGCCGCACAGACAAAAUACCCGGGUUACACUCUCGUCCUGACAGGCCACAGCUUUGGCGCAGCUCUUGCCACGGUGGGAGGUACUGUACUUCGAAAUGCGGGCUAUGCAUCAAGCGUGUAUUCCUAUGGUCAGCCACGAGUGGGAAAUGAGGCUCUGGCUAAGUAUAUCACGGCGCAGGGAAGUCUCUGGCGAGUCACACAUGCAGCUGAUUUGGUGCCUAAGUUGCCACCUGCAUCAGUUGGCUUUAGCCACCCAAGUCCUGAGUACUGGAUCACCAGUGACAACGAGGCGACGGUAACCUCGUCCGACAUUGAGGUCAUUGAAGGCGUGGGCUCUAAGUCUGGAAAUGCGGGGACGUUGAAACCGGAUACUGAGGCACAUAAUUGGUAUUUGGGACAUAUUGAUGCAUGCCAAUAG